AUGGACAGUCUCCUAAGAGGCGAAUUUUGGGAUAACGCCUCGGAUACUUCAGAAAUCCGCGGUGCAUACGACAAUGGCACCCUCGACGACGUGGUUCACUUCGUUUCGACCAUCAUACAGUCUCAAGAGCCCAUCCCAGGAGAUAAUCCCGAUGGAGAGGACCACAAUGAUGAUACUACACAUGAUCCCGAAGAAACGGACGUUGCUGCAGAUACAGGCGAAGAAGUUGUCGACUCGGAUGACGACGAGUCGUGGUUCGUCGAGCGUCCGAAGCAUCAUAACUUCACCUUCCUACAAUCAUACUUCCGGAUCGAUCCCGAUUCUAUGCCCCAGAUAAACCCUUAUCUGGACCCGAAACUUGCCUUGGCUAUACUUCUCGACCAACGACGUUGGGAUGAUGUACUAUACGAACUACAGAGUUUCGAGAGACAUAUUCGGAGGUUUUGCGCAUCAAACCCCAAUACCCAAAUUGCGAUCAAUGAUGAUUAUUGGGGUCAAACAUAUUAUAGAGCGAAGGCACUAAUAAGACGGCACAAGAGAUUCUUACGCCAGAAUGAAGGCUUCAUCGAGCUCAGUCAUACGGCUAUCGCGCGCCAGAAUGGAUGGCCGGCAAAGUUAGGCAGGUCGCUGGAAGAAUAUUGGAGAGCUCUCAAUCAUGGUGCCGUGGAAUUAGUCCAUGCGGAAUUUCGAGCACAGGUGGAAGGUUAA